AUGGCGAGGGUGGUGAUGGCAGUGGUGGAUUGGAGACAUGCAGCGGUGGAGCAUGGCGGUGAGGUUAAGUGGGUGCAAACGCAGUGCGAUCUUGGUAUGAUCUCAGUGGUGCGGCGUGAUCUGGGCGGAGGGAGUGGCGAUGGGGGCGGCAUGAUCUGGGCUGGCCUUGGCUUGGCUAGGCGGCCGGAGCUUGGUGUCAGACUGUGUGUGGAGUUGAGUUCCCUCAAUUCCAUCACUCCAAUCUUGUUGGAACUUGUUCAAGAGUAUGUGGAAAAAAUAUCAAAGUCCAUAAGAAAUUUACUCUGCCUUCAACCAAACCGUCUUCUGCACUGUAAUGAAGUUCUUAAUGAGACACUGCAUGGUGCCAACUUGGAUGUGCAGUGGGUGAGCUCCCAUGUUUGUUUAGAGGAAAGCAAACCUUGCAUGUGUAAUCACAGCAUUAAGAACUUAGAGUUUGUCGAAAAUGGCAUAGCCAUUGAGCACAGUGUGGGGGCUAAUGGUUCCUUUGCUCAUGCUGUCAUUAAUAUGAUUAGGAUGCUCAUAGGUAAUCAAGUUCUUCCAUCAUCUAAUUAUUUAGGGCAAUUAUCAACUCCAUAUGCACUGGAAAGAGGAGGGUGGGUAUCUGCUUUUCUGCUUAUAGGACUUGGGAUAAUACAUGCAUAUACUUCUCAUCUACUAGGAAAAUGUCUUGACAAGAUCAAUCCCAAGUGAAGAAGUUUUACAGAUAUUGGAUAGCAUGCAUUUGGGAAAAGAGGAAGAGUUUUAGCUGCAACCUUCAUGUACUUGGAAAUUUUCAUGGCACUAGUGUCCUAUACAAUAUCAUUGCUUGAGAACCUUAUUACAGUACUUUCAGGGAUGCAGAUUAAGGUGCCAUGGGCUAAACUAUCUUCAUCUCAGCUCCUAACAAUAAUGGCUGUAUUCUUAAUAGCACUCCCUAGAGUGUGGAAGAGAAAUGUAUCUUCAAUAUCUUUCCUCUCAUCUGCCGGAAUUCUCAUAUCGCUUCUCAUUUUUAUAUCAGUGCCAUGCACUUCCAUUUUUGGAGGUGUAAAAUUAAAACCCAGUCACAAGAUGCCAGUCCUCCAGCUCCAUAACAUUCCUGCAAUAUAUGGGCUAUAUAUCUUCAGCUAUAUAGGGCACAUUGGUUUCCUUGAAUUAUAUAAAGAAAUGAAAGAUCCAUCCAAGUUUACCAAGGUAUCUAUUGUCAGCUUCACAAUAGUGACAGCAUUAUAUACAGUAUUAGCUUUCUUUGGAGCCAAAUUGUUUGGGCCAGAAGUCAGUCCUCAAAUCACUCACAGCAUGCCUCCACAUCUUCUUGUGACAAAGAUUGCAUUAUGGGCCACUGUGCUGACAUCCAUGACCAAAUAUGCAUUGGAAACAACGUCAUUUGCCAUUCAACUUGAGCAUAACCUUCUGGCUUCAAUGAGUUCCAAGCUAAAGAUGAUCAUAAGGGGUUGCGUAGGUUCAUUUCUACUUCUAUUGAUACUAGCACUGGCUCUUUCUGUUCCAUAUUUUGAGGACGUUCUCAGCCUCACUGGUUCCCUUGUUAGCAUUGCUAUCUGCAUAAUCUUUCCUUGUGCAUUCCACACCAAGAUUUGUUGGGGUCAAAUACCAAAACCUCUCAUAAUUCUCAACUUGACCCUCAUUGCCUUUGGCUCUCUUCUUGGGGUCUUUGGUGCCGUUUCCUCAUCCAAGUUACUUGUGCAAAGCCUACGAAGCAGAGCUCAUCACUCAGCCUAA